CGCCGGCGCCGGCGUCGUCCACUCGGCCAGGGCAUCACGACGCCGCAGCAGCGCUGCCCAAGCGCUGCAGGCAGCCCACCACGAUAAUCCGAAGCGACUCUCGAUCGGUGCGCGCUCAAUUGGACCAGGAAGUGGUGCUGUGGGGGGCAGCCUAAAAGAGUGAAAAAAAUGCUACAAAUCGCGGUGCUGCUCCUCGGCCACGCCCAUGCCGCACCGCACGCGCACCCGCCGCGCCACUGGUACGAGGACAAUUUUAGGCCGGCGCCCUGGCGCUGCGACGAGCCGCGGUCGCGCGCGAACGUGAAUUUGUGCUUUCCCUUCGAUGAUUCAUUACGAGACGAUGGAAGUGAAGAUGUAAGGUUGUACAACAUGGCGCCGGAAAGCAUACCGACGAACCGGACGUGCUGCGGCUUGCCUCCCGUACAAUGUCCCGCGGACAAGGAGUACCCGCUCAAGUGCUUACUGGAAAAGAUCCCCUUCUCGAAACCGCCGGCCUGCGUCAAGCGCCAGUUCCAGUGCUGCUUGGCGUUUUGGAACGCGAAGUUCGGCCUCGAAGAUACCUACCGUAAAGCCCCCCCACAUGUGCGGUGCAAAGGUAGAUUGUGGGACGUGUUUGACAUCCGAGCCGACGACGUCAUUUUUGAUCAAAGAUCAUUAAUGAAGCUCGCGGCGGCCUUCUACCCCAAGAUCCUCGUGCCGUACGAGGACGAGAUGAUGGCCCCCGCGGACCGCGUGCAUCCCGUGUGGCGCGAGUAUGUGGUCUUGGCGAAGCUGGGCUUCGGGUGGAUCAAUGUUGAAAGUGCGAAGCCCGACGCCCUGAUCCUCGCCCAGAAUCUCUUGAGGAACCCCCAGCGGCCGACGCACCCGGGCGGGGCCUACUCGUUGCCAAGAGGCGUGAAAGACUUAAGGCCGUGGCGGGACCACUGCCUCGACAACGUGAAUAGCGUCCACGUGCGGUGCGUGGGCAUGAAAUUGCAUCGGGACCGCGUCAAGAAGUUCCGCGCUUUGAUGCGGCACGGCAUUUGCCCCGCGACGGGCAACGACGCGCACACGGGCAAGGUCGAUCAUGGGUAUUACGUCCAGGCCAUGAGCGACGCGACCUACGUGCCGUCGCCGCCGGGCGUCGGCUUCGUCAAUUACAGGGACACGGAGGCGAUCGUCGCCGGCGCCGUGCCCAUCCUAGAACGGCCGCGGUGGCCGCCCCAGCGCGGGCCCUUCAUGGAUUUGCACGACGAGCUGCCCCAUUUAUUAAUCAAGAACGACACGGCCUGGGCCUCAGUAAGAAACGACCACCUCCCUUCACAUCGCUUCGGCGGCGACGCGCGCAAGUAUUACCUGCCCUACUGGCUCUACCACAUCUAUGAUCGAUUGAUAAAGGCCGGCGUCUCCGGUACGGUCUGGGAGCCGCCCGCCGAAGAUGGGAAAGUGCGGUCCUUCUUCCCCUUCAUGCAGGGGAGCAAAAUUAGCUGUCGCUGGGCCGUCCCCGCGAAGGACGAGCGCUGCCACGGCGGCUGCGACAGCCGGAAGCCGCUGAAGACGUGGGCGCAGCCCUCGUCAUAA